AUGGCGGAAGAACAGCGAAGGCAGAUAGAGCAGCUUAUGGGAAGAAAUUCACAGCUGCUGUCUAUACGACAUUACCGCGAUCCAGAUAUGACAUCGCCACAGGUCUGCAAGGCAUUUGUAGUGGGCAUUUGCCCCCAUGACCUAUUUGUAGGCACUAAAUCAGACUUGGGGAAAUGUCCAAGCCUACAUCUCCAGAAACACAAAUUGGAGUACGAGUACAAGACCAAGAAGUUGGGUCAAAAAUUUCCGGAAAUGGAAGCUGAAUAUUUCGAAAUCCUACAAAGGUAUGUACGAGAUCUUGAUCGAACCAUAUCAAUAGCACAAAAGAGGUUGGAGCAUACACCAGAGGAAAAGGCAAAGAUUUCCCAGAUCACAAGGGACUUGGACGAACUAGAUAUAGAGAUUGGGUUGAUGAUUCAGGAACUAAACUAUUUGAUCAAGCUAAAUCAGAGUCAGGAUAAUGACCAGACCUUGAAAAUUAUUGAUUUGUCAAUAAAAUUGAAUGAGAAGUCAAAGCAAAGAGAUAUUGCCAGUAAACAAGCAAGAAACUUUAUUGAAAACGUCGGUCAAACAUCACAGCAAAAGUUGCAAGUGUGUGAUGGAUGUGGCGCGUAUUUGUCUCGAUUAGAUAAUGACAGACGGUUGGCCGACCACUUUAUUGGGAAAAUACACUUGGGAUAUGUUCAGUUGAGACAAGCCUAUGAGGAAAUGAGAACGAAAUUGCGUCGGUAG